AUUAAGUUUUCAGAAGUAAAUAUCUAAGCCACAGCAGCUCGAGAAGUCUUUGCCUCCUGAGAUCUCUGUUGUUUCUUCUCUUCACCCUGGUAAGCACAUCCACGUCUAUACCAACGGCUUGCUCUAUCACGAACUUCCCACUCUUCAAACUACACUACAACGAUGACAGAUUUAAAUCAACCUGAUCCAUUCCGAUGGUCUCCCCUCUUCGGGGGAGGUAAAGGCUUUGAGGAGGCGAGAGUUACGUCCUUCAAAGGAGGCAUCCUCGCAAUAGGAAAGAUCGUCAGCGAGGGAAAUGACGAGAAGACACGAUACUCGACCAACUACCGAAUUCUUCUCGACGACGAAUGGAGAACACAAAACGUCAAGAUAUAUAACUCCUGGACUGGGGAAGUCCGGAAAGAGCUUUACACAGAUGGCCUUGGCAAAUGGGUCGACGGCAACGGCAAAAUAAUAUUAACCCUGAACAACUGCAGGGACGUCGAUAUCCCCGAGUCGACACUGAUGAAGACAUUCCCUAUACGACGUCUAAAUCUUCGAGAAUGGGGACGGCACAAGAUUUGCACCGCUUCCGUCCAUGUUACCGCGACUACGACAGAGGUGGUUGUCCAGAAACAUCUCUACAGUUGCUACGACGAUGACUGGAUGCUCUUCCGCUACGAAGGGCUUACUUCGGGCUUCACGACGGAUUUCUUUACGGACAAGGAUAGAUUCGUGGACAGGAUCAUCGAAGGCUGGUCUUUUACAGCCUUGUAUCAUCAUGCCCAAAGAGACAAGGCGUGUCCUUCUGAGCAUCCUACCAUUCAACCACGGACAAAACGGGGCUCUGCGAUGAGUCUGCAUUCUGGCGAAUUUGAGUAUAGUGACAGUGGGAGAGACUAUCUUCAGGAGGAAGACAGUGACGACGGCGUCUAUUUAGAUGAUGACUUUGAGUAUGAUGAGAUUGAUGGGGACUGAACUUCAUGUAUCUAAACUGCUUGCACCGUUGGUGAUACGACUGCCCGACAACUAUACACCACUAGGUCUGCUACCUGGGAA